AUGCUGGCGGUCUUUCUUCAAUUUAUGGUGCCUGAACGUUAUCCAAUGCGUACUGGUGAUCAGAGUCUGCUUAAGUUCCGGCCUGGUCUGGGUAUACGACCCGUUAUUAAUGAGGAUCAGAACAUUAUUUCAUUCUCAGAAAAAGAUCCUCAAGUUUACUUCGAAUAUAUUGAUAAUCUAAAUGCCCUGCUAUCUUACUACGAGGAGGUAAAUCAGAAGCCUGCAAUCGGAUUUGCAACUUGUGAAAAUGGCGUUAAGACCCCAAAUGAUCCCUAUAAAGUGUGCCGCUUUGAUUUAUCCGAACUUGGACCAUGCACAAAAGAGAAUAGUUAUGGCUAUGAGAGUGGAAAACCUUGCGUAAUUCUGAAACUAAAUCGAAUUUAUGGAUGGAUGCCAGAUGUGACGGAUCCCUCAUUUCCUCACACUUUGGUCUCUUGUCGAGGUCAGAAUCCGGAGGAUCAAGUUAACAUUGGGCCGCUAAAGUACUAUCCUGGCACGAAUAUCAACGGCACCGAAUACGGAGUUUUUCACAACCAGUACUUCCCGUUCCUGGGACAGAAUGGCUACACGUCUCCCCUCGUUGGGUUGCAGUUUGAGAAUAUCACCAAAAACGUCAUCAUCCUCGUUCAGUGCAGUCUCACGGGUGCGACGAACGUCGAUGUUGAGCCCUUCAAGUUUGAGCUCAACAUCGACUAA